AUGGAAACCCAAGGAGAAGAAUUUCAUUCCAAUUUGAUAUCAACAACACAUAUACCACCAGAUAGCAAUAUUAUUCCUUCUGAAAUACCAAAUCGUCUUCCAGACUUAAACAUUCCCAUUGAACAAAUAUCAAGUGAAAUUGAAAGCUCUCAAAUUAGCGAUUCUGAAAAUAAUUUUAAACUACGAAGGUGUUUAACAAGUACUCAAAGAAGCAUCAUUUUUGAAUCUCUGCUUUUACAAAGUGUUGGAACAAUUGCUGUAAAACUGAAUAUGAUGAGGCUGAGUCGCGGACUAGCAUCCCAGUUUGAUAUAAGCAGAAAAACUGUUAGCCGAAUUUGGAAGAAAGAAAAAGAAUGUAUUGAAAAUGAAUCUACUGUUGAUGUCUCCAUGAAACCACGAGUACGUCGCAAACGAGUUGAAAUUACGUUUGAUCAAAUUUCUGCAAUUCCACUUCGUGAUCGUACAAAUAUUCGGAGAAUGUCUACUGUUUUAAAAAUUUUAAAAUCGACAACCCAUAGACGGAUUCAAGAAGGUGCAAUAAGAGCUCGCUCAAAUUCUUUGAAGCCUUUUUUAACCGAAGACAACAAAAAAUUAAGACUCAAAUUUUGUGUUUUUAUGAUUAAUCAAGAUACUGUUGAUUCACAACCAAUGUUCACUAAUAUGUAUGAUUAUGUACACAUUGAUGAAAAGUGGUUCUAUUUAAUUAAGGUUUCACAAAUUUUUUACCUUCAUCCUCAAGAAAUCAAACCUUUACGUACUUGUAAAAGUAAAAGGUUUAUUACGAAGGUAAUGUUUUUAGGUGCAGUUGCUCGACCAAGAAUUACUGCAGCCAACGAACAAUUUUCUGGAAAAAUUGGUAUUUUUCCUUUUGUUUUUAAGGAACCAGCAAAAAGAAGCAGUAAAAAUCGACUCGCUGGAACUUUGGAAACAAAGGCCAUACAAAAUAUUAAUAAAGACGUAAUUCGCUAG